GCUCUUUUUCAAAGUGUGAUUAUUCACCAUCUCUGGUUCUUUCUUUUCUCUCAGCUUCUCUUUCACUCUCUCUGUUUCCACUUCUCCAUAUCAUCAAGUUCCUUCGUCAUCGCUGAGCACUCUCUCACAAUGUCUAAACAAAGGUUGGAAGGCAAGGUGGCAAUAGUGACCGGAGGAGCAAGUGGAAUAGGAGCAGAAGCAGUGAGGGUAUUUGUGGAAAACGGUGCGUUUGUAGUUGUAGCAGAUGUUCAAGACGAGCUCGGUCACCUCCUUGCAAGUUCCAUUGGCUUGUUAGAGAAGGUGAGUUACUGCCACUGCGACAUUAGAGACGAGAAACAAGUUGAAGAAACCGUGGCUUUCGCGGUGGAGAAAUACGGAAGCCUAGACAUCAUGUUCAGCAACGCUGGAAUUGCAGGCUCUAUCUCUAACAUACUUGAUUUAGAUCUGAACGAUUUUGACAACGCCAUGGCUGUGAAUCUUCGCGGAGCAGCAGCGUGCAUCAAGCAUGCUGCACGUGUCAUGGUGGCAAGAAGGACACGUGGAUCCAUAAUAUGCACAGCAAGUGUGGCUGCUUCGGUUGGUAUUGGCGCAGCUGCUGGUGUUAGUUAUACCGCAUCCAAACACGGCCUUAUAGGACUUGUGCGUUCGGCGUGUGGUGAGCUUGGCGGUUACGGGAUCAGAGUGAAUUCGGUUUCACCAUAUGUUGUGGCCACGCCUCUUGUGUGUAGAGCGCUGGAUGUGGAGGCAAGUGAAGUUGAAAGUGCUGGUGGUGUUGGUACCAGUUUGCAGGGGAUUGUGUUGAAGCCAAUACAUGUUGCGCAAGCAGCUUUGUUUCUUGCUUCUGAUGAAUCUGCUUACAUUAGUGGACAUGAUUUGACCGUUGACGGAGGUUUCUUGGCCGUUAAUCGCGGUAUUGAACUCUCCCUAGCUAGCGUCAAAACUAAAUGAUAUAUGAUUAGAUGGAGUACUGCGACACCGUGAUUUUGUAUUUUACUAUUUUUAAAUUAUCAUGUAAUCUACCUCAUUUUAAUAAGGUGUUUACUUUAGUAUAAUAACUAAUUUAUUCGAAGAGUUA